CCCCGUACACUCAUUUGCAUGCCCUUCCAUCAUUGGCUGCCUGGAUGUUACGCUUCAACAGGCUGCCUCCUGCUGAUUGGUUGCAACUACAGGAGGGCAUGGAUGCUCUCUUACCAAAACAGGCAUAAAAGGCAGUGUGUGUGGGAUCACAGGCAUAGAGGAGCACCCAAUAGACAACUUUGAGGAGCUUUGAAAGAGCACUCCUGCCAGCCUGAUAAAGUGGCAGGUGAAAAAAAGCAAAAAGAAGCUCAAGAAGAAGACUCACAAGAAACUGCUGAAGGGAAAAAUUUCAAGGAAAAACAAUUUAAAAGAAGAGAGCCAUUAAAAAGCAGCAUGUCUCUGGAGGUGAAGGAGAAGACUCAGGUGCGUCUAGUGUUUCUGGGGGCAGCAGGAGUGGGCAAGACAGCCCUGAUCCGGCGCUUCCUCCAGGACACCUUUGAGCCCAAACACCGGCGCACAGUGGAGGAGCUACACAGCAAGGAGUAUGACCUCGGAGGGGUCAAGGUCACCGUGGAGAUUCUGGACACCAGCGGCAGCUACUCCUUCCCAGCCAUGCGCAAGCUCUCCAUCCAAAACAGCGAUGCCUUUGCACUGGUGUACGCUGUGAAUGACCCAGAGUCGCUGGAGGCUGUCAAGAGCCUUCGGGAUGAGAUCCUGGAGAUCAAGGAGGACAAGUACACACCGAUUGUGGUGGUGGGGAACAAGGCAGACCAGGAAGACGAGCGUCAGGUGUCCAGUGACGAUGUGCUGUCAACUGUAGAGCUGGAUUGGAACAACAGUUACCUGGAAGCCUCUGCAAAGGAGAACGCCAACGUGGUGGAGGUGUUCAAGGAGCUCCUGCAGCAAGCAAACCUUCCAAGCCGCCUCAGCCCUGCAUUACGCAGACGCAGGGAGACCUUUCCGAAAGACACCAGCUUCCGGCCGCCUAUGAACAAGACCAACAGCUGUAUUCUGUCUUAAUGGGAGACAGAGAAGAAGAAAUGUGUUUCAUGAAGGGACAAGAGAUGAGAGGACAGAGGGUAUGAUGUGCAUCUCAGUGCUGCUCGACAGAGGAGGAGAGACAGAAAAACUUGACUUCAGUCAGUGUGGGUGUAAAGUGAAGAGCUGCCUAUUUAAGAUACUGUAAGUGAUUUUGGACCAACAGACACUUCAGGGUUCACAACUGAGAAGAGAAGAAACUGAGGAGGAGAACGCUAUUUAGACUGAACUCGAAAAGACUGCAACCUGAAUAAUUAUGAACCUGAAUUAAAUGACGUGGAAAGUAGGACAUUAAUUACUCAGUUGUUUACUUGUUGUUGCUGCUUAUUUGGUGACAUGCUGCAGGUGUUUAGAUCAAUGUAUAGCUUUUGGAUUUCUAUUUAAAUGUUCACUCACAUCAAGAUUUUUGGACUGUUGCAAACAGAUUAUUUACUAAGUGAAACUGUGUGUAUAUAUAUAUAUAUAUGUUGUGGUUUGUGCAAAAGUUGUAUCUAUUCUGUAAAAUGUACUAAUUCACCUGUAGCACAUCAUAAUGUUUACAUUUUUUGUAUUUUGUAUUUCAGUUUGUAUUUGCAAUUGAGCGUGACAUUAUUCUUGGGAUUUUUUAAGUGGUGAAAUGCAAAUGCAAACUAUAAAUGCACUUUUCAUUUUAGAAUUAUCACUCAAAAUUAUGUUUUUUUUAUAAAUUCAAAUUUUUUAUCAUCUCACAAAUGGCAUUAUUUUGUUGUUUAUUUCACACAUGUAAGUGUAAUGUGGAUAUAAAUGUGUAAUAAAAAAUAAAAGCACAAAGA